AUGGCUGACGUUUGCUCGCACGCAGGAUAUGCUGAGGAUAAGUCCAAGGGCCCUAUGUUGAGAUUCCAAGACUCUCUGCCCCGACUACCUGUGCCUACGCUCGAAGAGACGGCCGCGCGCUAUGUCAAGACACUACACCCCCUUCUCUCCGAGUCCGAGUUCGCCGCCAGCAAAAAGGCCGUGGAAGAAUUUGUCAAGGCCGGCGGUAUCGGCAGCAAGCUCCAAGAAAAACUGCUGGCCCGGAGAGAAGACCCUGCCAACCGUAACUGGCUGUACGAGUGGUGGAAUGACGCGGCAUACCUGAGCUACAGAGACCCUGUCGUUCCCUACGUCAGCUACUUCUACUCUCAUCGUGAUGAUCGUCGGAGAAGGAACCCUGCCAAAAGAGCCGCCGCCAUAACCUCGGCUGUACUCGAGUUCAAGAAGCAAGUCGAUGACGGCACCCUCGAGCCCGAAUACAUGAAGAAACUGCCCAUCUGCAUGGACAGCUACAAGUGGAUGUUCAACACGAGUCGUGUUGCCGCAAAGCCUGUCGACUACCCCGUCAAGUUCUCCCACAAGGAUCAUAAGUACAUCAUUGCCAUCCGCAAGAACCAGAUCUUCAAGAUACUACACGAGGUCGACGGCAAGCAGCUCAAUGCCUCGGAGCUCGAACAGCAGUUCAACAAGGUUUACGAGCUGGCUCAGAGAGUCCCUGCCGUUGGCGCGUUGACCAGUGAGAACCGUGACGUCUGGGCCGAUGCGCGCGAGAUUUUGCUCAAGGCUAGCCCGAAGAAUGCUGCUGCCUUGGAAGUCGUCGAAGCGUCUUCCUUUGUCGUCUGCCUUGACGAUGCCGCUCCUGUCACUCUCGAGGAGCGUGCGCGCCAAUAUUGGCAUGGCGAUGGUGCGAACCGCUGGUACGACAAGCCGUGCCAAUUCAUCGUUAAUGACAACGCUACUUCGGGCUUCAUGGGAGAACACUCUAUGAUGGAUGGAACCCCCACACAUCGCCUUAACGACUUUAUCAACGAUCUCAUAUUCAACAACAAGAUUGAUCUCUCUGACCCGUCGAUCCGCUCUAACCUGCCGGACCCUCAGGUCGUCAAGUUUGAAGUCACCAAGGAAGUCCAGGCCGAGAUUGACCGCGCCAGGAAGGACUUCCAUGAUGUCAUUAGCCAGCACGAGCUCGCCGUCCAGGCCUACCAGGGCUAUGGCAAGGGCCUGAUCAAGAAGUUCAAGUGCUCGCCCGAUGCCUAUGUCCAAAUGAUCAUUCAGCUAGCCUACCAUAAGAUGUACGGCAAGAACCGCCCUACGUACGAGUCGGCCGCUACUCGCCGCUUUCAGCAAGGCCGUACCGAGACGUGCAGAACGGUAUCGGAUGCCUCUGUUGCUUGGUGCAACGCUAUGGCCGACCCCAAUGUCGAAGAUAAAGACAAAGUCGACCUGUUCCGCCAAGCUAUUGACUCGCACCUCGAGUAUAUCACGGCUGCUUCAGAUGGCAAAGGCGUCGACAGACAUCUCUUUGGCUUGAAAAAGCUCCUAGAGCCUGGCCAAGAGCUGCCGGCCAUCUACCAAGACCCUGCCUUCACGUACUCGUCUUCCUGGUAUCUGUCGACUUCGCAGCUCAGCUCCGAGUACUUCAACGGAUAUGGAUGGAGCCAGGUCAUUGAUGCCGGGUUCGGCAUUGCCUACAUGAUCAACGAAAACAGUAUCAACUUCAACGUUGUCUCCAAGGGUCUGGGCAGCCAGCGCAUGAGCUUUUUCCUGAACGAGGCUGCGGGCGAUAUGCGCGAUCUUCUCACUCCCACCAUCAAGGCAGCCAAGGCUAAGUUGUAA